GUAGAUAUCAUGUUGUGUUGACAAAAACAGCAAGUGCAACCUGCAUACAGAGUAUCACUAGUAUAAUCAAUAUCAUCUCCGCUCACUAUGGCUUCUCUCUUCUGUAUACAACUAUUAUCAUAUCAUCAUGGCGUCCAUGUUUAUCCAUCUUCCAUGGGACAUUACAGCGUCCAUCAUGUGCGGUCUGACUGACCUCCAGACUCUGCACAACCUCAUCAUUGCUGUCCCAUAUCUAGCCACCCCAUUAUCCUCUUACUUCACCACCAUCACCAAAGAUAUCCUCACCGAGUCCUUCGCCGACCCGCUACUAACACAAUUCCUCCACGCCAUCAUCGCAGCCCGCUCUCUCUGUCCACGGGGUACAACAGAGCUCCGAAACUUUUUCACAUAUUACUUCCUCAGUGAUGGAGAAACAAGACCUCUUCCCCGAUGUGUUCUUCGCGAUCCCGCCUCCCUCGAGUACAUGGUUCGCGUCUUGAAUGCCGUCGAGUUCUACCUCGCAUAUGCAGUCCGUAUUUGGGGAUCUGUGAGAGUGUUUCAUACGCCUCUCUUCUGCAAGAAUAGUCCUCCGGUUUCGUACACCCCUGCUUCGGAUAGCUGGUCGGAUCCUCCCACCUGGCCUCGUAUGCGUCGCGCGUUGUUGCGCAUUCAAUUAUACGCUGAACUGUUCCAUCAACCCGGUGAUGCAUCUUUGUCCAACGAGCCCGACGAAUGGGAGACACAAGCCUCCGAGAUAAAAUUGUUCUGGGGCCGGUAUGACCUUGUGGAAAUGAGGGAGUGCAAGUGUAUCUACAUUGCGAUAGCAUUGUCAGUCGGCCACGAAACGUACUACAAAAAGCCCUUAACACAGACGAAGGAAGAUAAACUCCACCUUCGAGGACUUCCUCAACUGCAGAAAUUCAUGCAAGGC